AUGAUCUGGGGCCGGGCAACGUUUCUUGUUGUUUUAGGCCCUCUGGCUUUCGUAAAUGCCAAUGAGUCGAGGACUCGAGCACAGCAGACGACCAUCCCCAUCAGCGACGGCAUCGCUGCUGAUCCCCACGGUCCCAACAUUUGCGAAGCCCGCACCAUCAAUUAUAUCACGCACACAUUGCCGCAGUCAUGUCUCACAACCUCCUGGGCAAGCCCACACCCUCUCUCAUCGACAUAUGCUGGGCCUGUAGGAAGCGAUGGUGUACGAGAAUCCAUUACGACCUUCACAUCCGAUCCAACCGUCUCCGAAGCUCAUACGGCUGAAGCCACUGCCACUACCUUUAUGUCUUUCGAGGACUGGAAGGAAAUGAUGCUACGCCGAGCUGGUCAAGAUCCCCAAGAAUGGCGGUCUCGCAAGCCGAGCGAUCAUACUCCCGACGACAGAUACCUGCCCGAUAUGGGAGACGCCGGCUUAGGGGAGGAGGACGAAAUAUCCCUCGACUUUGAUAGCUACCGCUAUCAAAGCGGUGAUGACAAGAAAGGAGACAUGACAGGUAGCGCAGAGGCGAAUGAUGACAGAAACUCCCAUGACGCCCAGGCCUAUGGCGAUGGCAAGGCUGCCACCAUUCACCGCAGCAAAGAUGCCGGCAAGACUUGCAAGGAGCGAUUUUCGUACUCGUCUUUUGACGCCGGCGCCACCAUUCUGAAAACGGCUGCUGGGGCCAAGAACGCCAGGGCAAUUCUGGUCGAGAACAAGGAUUCCUACAUGCUUCUUGAGUGUGCGGCACCGACCAAGUACGUCAUUUUCGAGCUCAGCGACGAUAUUCUGGUAGAUACCAUUGUUAUUGCAAACUUUGAGUUCUUUUCCAGCAUGAUCCGCCUCUUCCGAGUCAGUGUCAGCGACCGGUAUCCCGUCAAGACAGAGAGGUGGCGCGAGCUGGGCACCUUUGAGGCCCGCAACUCGCGUGACAUUCAGCCUUUUCUCGUCGACAACCCCCAGAUAUGGGCUAAGUAUGUGAGAAUUGAGUUUCUGACUCAUUAUGGCAAUGAAUACUACUGCCCCGUCUCGCUAGUACGCGUACAUGGCUCUCGCAUGCUUGACUCCUGGAAGGAUAGCGAAACUGGCCGUGAUGAGGAUUCACAGAUAGAGGGGGAAAGGUCCGCUGCGCAACCACUCAUACAAGGCGAUGCUGUGCCGGGAGCACCGGCGAUAUCCGCAUCGGAAUUGCCUCAAAAGAAGGCCCUCCACCCAGAGCCAGUAGCCGGGUCGUCUUGGCUAACUCCAGCCGACGUGAACCCCUUUGAAUCACUGGUCGGCACUUGUUCACUGCCCCGUAGCCAUUUUUCGCACACACCGACCACGGAACAGCACGGAGACUUGCAUACCAACCGUGACAAUCGGCGCCAGCAUGGCUUGGGCUUGGCCGAGAAGUCGGGUGCAACAGCCAAUUCUACACAUGCUUCGACGGGACUAUCUUCUCCAGACACCGUUGGUAUGGCUUCAUCUGUCGCGCCUUUGACGAUACCGCCAUCAUCAUCUACCCCCAAACUAUCAGAUCACUCUCCAGUCGCGGGGACGGGUAGCAACGUAGCCAGUGGUUCCGGCACGGGCACUGACACAGGCGCUGGUACUGGUCCUACCCCACUCAGUAAUGAUGCUGUUAAAGAUAGUAACCAUGGCGCUCCUACAUCGUCAACAACUAAGGCGCCAAUCUCAAGCUCCUCCCCAAGUACCACCAGUAGCAGGUCGAGAACCAGCGGCACCUCCUCUGCCACGGCUGCUUCUCCAACAGUUCAAGAAGGCUUCUUCAACGCUAUUACAAAGCGACUGCAGCAGGUCGAGUCCAACCUUACGCUGUCACUGAAAUAUGUCGAAGAUCAAUCGCGGCACAUGCAAGAGGCUUUGCAAAGGGGUGAGCAGAAACUGCAUUCGAGGGUAUCCGACUUCCUCAACAACUUGAAUCAGACUGUUCUCGCCGACCUGCGCAACAUCCGCGACCAGUAUGAUCAGAUCUGGCAAUCAACCGUCCUCGCCCUGGAGAGUCAGUCAGAACGGUCAGAGCGAGACAUGAUGGCUCUGAGCACGCGUCUGAAUCUCUUGGCAGACGAGGUUGUUUUCCAGAAAAGAAUGGCCAUUGUACAAGCUGUCAUUCUCCUCUCAUGCUUAUUCCUGGUCAUUUUUUCGCGUGGAGUCCCUAUUCCCUACACUACCGCCGUAUCAGAUCAAUCCUCACCUGUCUCAUAUUUGUCGUCUGCCUCGCUGGUCCAUCCGUAUCGAGAUGGUUACAGGACAAGCCAGCACCAUCAUAACCCACGGGAGGGUGUUGGCAAGUCGCACAACGACGACCUCCGAUUCUCUUCAAUUGAUUUAUCCAGUCAGGCGCAACUCCAGGAUCCCACUUCGACAACGACCACACGUCGUAAUUCUGUCCCCGAUAUCCGCCAUUCGCCCUCCGAGUACGCGCACUUCUCCCCGCCAUUAACUCCAGGGCUAGUUUCUGACGAUUUGCGGAGUCUACACAACCCUGACGCAGGAUAUGAUCCUAUUGGCGAGCCCUGUAGAAACUCUAUACGCCGCGCCUCCUCCGGCAUGCUGCAAAAUUCCCGCAAGCCUUUGCCAUCACUACCCGAGCACCCUUCCUCACUGCACAAGUCAUGA